UAUAGGUCCUCGCUUUCAGUUCCCAUUUGUCUGGUGAAGUCAACGCUUGACUUCGGGGGUUUGUCACCGAAGCCACAAGAAAACUUUACCAACAGCUUUAGCAACGAAGAUUUUCAUGCUGCCGUGUUUAUAUGAUGGACAGCUAUGUCAUAUCUUCUUCCUCAGAGGAAAUAAUUCCAAAUGAGCCAGAGACCUGCCGAACCACAGAGCUGUACCCCUACCUCACGAAUGUAGGGGAGAUUUAUGAAGACCACAGAUGGACCUUUCAGUCGGAGCGAAUCCAGGCGGCUGACUUUGAGAACUCCCCCGUGAAUCACUUCACAGAGCUUCAGUCGGUGUCGCCUCAGCAGCUGAUGCCGCCGUACCGCUACAGCAGUGAGCCUCUGCCCCUUCCCCUGGACCCUCCACUCGCACCCCUCUCUGUGUCACCACAAAUCCCAUAUUACACUUCAUCCUUGUGCUACCAGUAUCCACCUCCUGCCUCGCCUGCCCAUUACUACUCAGAGGAGGAACAAAGAGAAAUCAGUCCCUCACUUGAGGUGUCAGAUGGGGAGGAUGAAUUUGAACAUCACAACCACUCUUUCAGGAAAGACACUAACAGCAAGAAGAAAAUCCGCCUGUACCAGUUCCUCCUGGAUUUGUUAAAAAACGGCGACAUGAGUGACAGUAUCUGGUGGCUGGACCAGGACAAGGGCAUCUUCCAGUUCUCCACAAAACACAAGGAAGUACUGGCCAGCCACUGGGGUCUUCAGAAGGGAAACCGCAAGAAAAUGACCUAUCAGAAAAUGGCUCGGGCUCUGAGGAACUAUGGUAAAACUGGAGAGAUUAAAAAAGUUAAGAAGAAGCUAACAUACCAGUUCAGUGAGGAAGUUUUGAGGAACCUCUAUUUGCGUCAGUAUCGUCAAUGAUGACGGUGAAAUGUCUGUAUCUUGCUUAACCAGAAUCACUAAAGUAGCCAAGAUUGUGUUUGACCUUUAGAUUUGCAACUUUUUUCACAGGUUUUCUUAAGUAUUUAUUUGUAAUAGAAGGGUCGUCUUUUGCUGUGUGUGUGUGUAUGUGUGUAUUAAAGCUUGAUUAUAGAUUAAGGAGCAGUGAAUGAAAACACAAACAUCUUAGUGUGUUUAUAUUUUUUGUCCUGAAUAUGUAAAUAAAAUUUGUGUUGCACUCUU